UGUGAGAACGUGUAAACCAAUAACACUAGAUUAUAUAAAUUCUAACAAUCAUCAUAGAUCUAAUUCCCACUAACACCCCCUAAAUAGUAAACUAAAAAACCAAGCCCACAGGUAACAUUUUUCGUUGGUCAUAAAGUUGUAACAAAACCACUAGCUCCCCGAUUAUAACAAUACUUGCGGCUUCUUUUUUUGUAACUUAAUACUUGCGGCUUCUGCAGCCACUGGUUUACGUUAUGUACCACUUUCUCGAUUCUCACCUUUAUAAGCGCAACGCUCCACGAAACCCUCCAAGCACAUUAAUUUUUCAGAGCUAAAGAUAAUAUACACUGUUAACUAAAAGAGAUACAUAAAAAGAUGAACGCCGGAAAGCAAGCUUCGUGGACAGUGGCGACUGUGAUAGCUGUGGUGGAAGUGCUCAAGGACCAAGGCGUUGCUCGCUGGAACUACCCUCUCCGUUUACUCCACAAAAACGCCAUGGCUCAUGUCCGUACCAUCAUUAUCCCAUCUCGCUCCUCUCCUCCUCCUCCUCCUCCUCCUCCUUCUCCUGCGUCUUCUUCUUCAUCGGCUGAUAUUAUCAGAUCCAAACAGCGCAUGACCAAGUCCUUUGAGAAAGCUAUGGGGCUUAGCUGCUUUGGUCCCACCACCGUUAGAUUUUAAAUCUCCUAUUGUAUUCUUGUUUGUAUUCAUGUACGUCUCGAUAUGAAUUUUAGGCCCACCACAGCUUUAACUUGGAACCAUUCAUAAGCUUAAAACAAAUUUUAUCAAUUUUGAAAGUCAUUUGCCGAUGAA